AUGGUUGAUCUGGGAGGCAGUCUCUUGAACUCAAGCUCUUUCACGAUCAACGACAAAGCACAAAGCACAAAGCACCAAGCACAAGUACAAAACGCGCGCACUUCGCGUUCAUUCCGCAGCGCCGACCUCGAACGCAUCUAUCUUGUACAUCUCAGCCGUACAAGACCUUCCCGGUUCACCUGCGUGGACGAUCAACCCAUCACUGACGCAGAGGAGGAUGCUACCACCGCAAUAAACACAUUGGACGCCAUGGCCGAAGCCAACGCCCUGGAAGCCUUGCAGGCUCUCCAUACCAACUUGGUCGCGCUCGCUGAACACCGAAUCAUCGACCUCGAGAUUUUGCGGCAAUUGCUAGAUUUGCAGGGCCCCUCCUUCAAGGACCUGCUCGAUAAACCCGCGAGGCGGAAAGAAAGCCGGGAUGCAGUCCAGUCAGGCAAGAUCAAGGUCUUCGACGAAGAAUACUCCAUCAACAAGGAGUUCCAGGAGAGCAUUCUACAACUUGCCGACGAGCUCGACCUCGAUGAACUCGAAGCGGCGAAACUCAUUCUCGAGUCGCAAUCGGAUCGCGCCGUCUUGGGCCGAUCCCUCGUGGAAUGCGCAUUGAUCCGGUUUCACCAGCAGCGGAAAUACCUGUUAGACUGCAUGCGCCUCUGCAUUGAGCUCAGCGACGACGAUGAACUGGAAGAGGUCCAACAAGCCUUUGGCGAGUUUGCGGGGCAGUAUAUCUUUGGAGUCGCUGAACCCGGUGCAGGCCCUACGCCUGUCGGCAAGAAAUUUGUACCUCGGUGCAUGGCUGCUAUGCAAGACAUAAAAAACUGGUUACAGAAGCUGUCCGACCGUAUCACGAGCCUCUCCGUCAUGUACCAAGGGACUUCAUCGCAACCACCCGAGCUCCAGGAGGCUAUGGAGUUCUCUCGUCUCAGCCUUCUCCAGCAACAUGAGACUCUCGCCGUUCUAUUCUGUGCAGCCAUCGAUAAGCGGCAUGCGGAGGUGAGGGACUUCGAGAAUUUCCUUCAAUACCUGAAGAAAGUGGACCGCUAUGACCAUUUACUGGCUCACCUCGUCUCCAUCUUGGGCGUCUACAUUCGAGUGUUCGGUUCGACCGAGGGCAUUGGCGAUCUAGUUGUUGCACGACAGCUCAAUGGGAUCGUCUGCAAGCAGGAUGACGUCUGGUCAUUCCCGCUAUUACACGCUGCAGUGCGGACGUGGUGGAUUGCAGAAUAUGGUGGAUGGUAUGUCGAUGAUCAAAUGGGGCCGACCCUGGAUGAUAUCGACGUCGACAAAGAAGAUGAAGAGAGAGCGAAGGAUUUUGCAGAAGCUCUCAAAGAGGGUGCUUUUGACUUUCUCUUGGCAGUCAUUGCCGAUGUGAGGACAAAGGAGUGGCAAGAUCCCUCCCGCGUUGGUGUUCAACAAUGGCUUCAGAGAAAGUCCCCCCCUCUUGGCACCGAGCCGGUCGCAUUCUCAGACUUCUACCAGAUAUGCCUGGCCACGCAGUAUGAAAACUUUAUCGACGCCUUCAUCUCAAACCUGCCAGAUGUCUUGCGGAAGAUGCGCGUGGAAGAAGACGAGCAACGCCAAUUAAGCCAGACGCAUGAGCAAGAUCUGGACCUGGAGAGGUUCUUGCUUAUGAUCUCAUACUCCUAUGACGGGCGUCCCGAGGCCGCCGAGGCGUUUUGGUCGGACCCAGAGAGCAACCUAGCUGGUUUCGUGCAAUGGGCUUCUCGAAGAGCAUCUACACCCCUGGUGAGUGCGUUCUGCGAGAUGUUGCAGGCCAUCUCGGAGAAUGAGGCCUGCGCCGAUGCAGCACAUGCCUUCCUGCUGGACGAAGGCCACCAGUCCUCUGCCAAGAUGCGCAAAUCUCAGUCUCUCAGCUGGAACCAGAUAUUCAGGGAGCUUGAUUUCUUCUCAGACAAGAUUCGAGACAGGCCCACAGUCCAGCAGUCUCAGGUCUAUCGCACAGGCAAGCCCAGCAGUGAGCAAGCCGAGACAGAGCCCGAGUCUGCAAUGAUGCUCGAAUGCUAUCUGCGCCUCAUAUCCAAGCUCGCAUCAAACAGCGAGGAGGCUAGACAAUUCCUGCUCAAGCACCAGGAAUUCAGUUUAGUCACUGUUAUUUUCCAUCUUUCGAGCAGCAUGAUACCCAGGCGCCUCAGAGCAUGUGGCUUCUACGCCUUGAAGGCUUUGCUGUGUCGCAAAUCGACACACGAGGGCUAUAUAAUGUGGGAGUGCCUCGAUCGGUUCGUCACAGGUCAAUACGCCCAGGUCGCCCUCCAAGCACACCACGUUGCAGCUUCCGGAAAGCCAGUGAUCUCCGCUGCGGACAUCGAAGUUCUCUUCAACGAGCUAGGCAGUGGCUUCGAGCAAUCGAACGCCUUCAUCCAGCUUAUCCUCUCUCUCACCUCUCCAAACCCUAGCGAGGACUCCGUGAAUGACACCCUGCCCUUCCCCGAGAACCUCGGUUCUGCUGUUCGUAUGCCUGGCAUCGAGCCGUACGUUGAUUUUGUUCUCGGUACCGUACUCGCCAAAAGCUCAAAGGAUGUACAAGAGGUGGCACAAUUGCGUGUUUUGCGACUCACAUGCCUGGAAUUUGCCCUGGUCUGUCUCGAGACAUUCAACGAAAACUUAAUCCUCAUCGGCAACGAGACGAACAUCGCCGUGGACAGUGCGAUAUCGACGACUGACUUGGCUACAUAUGUGCGGCUACAUCCAUUCGCCCGUGUGAUGGAGUGGAUGUUCAACGGAAAGGUCAUGGAAGCCAUUUUCAGCACCAUUCACCAGGAAUCAGCAGACAUCGGGAGUGCAGGGCCGGACUCGCCGCUGAUUCAGGGUAUCAUUCGCGCCGUGGAGGUUAUAUUGAAGGUUCUUGAGCUUCAGGACACCUACCUAGACCUUGUUCGCCAAGUCAUCCGGCUUCAGUCAAGUCAAAGACAGUCGCCUGUGACCCAUUCCGCGUACGCUUCUUUUGAAGAAGGGAUCAUGAACCACUUGGAUCUCAUUACAGACCUCGGACGAUGCUGUGGUCUUGGACAUCCGGCGUUGACAUUGGCAUGCCUGAAACUGUUGGAGAAGUUGUCCACCUCAUCAAAGGUCAUCUCCGGAUGGAAUCCGGGUGCUGGUCGCCAAGCUCAUCGCAAUAAAGCCAUAGUGGCGCUCGAGAAGAAUGACGAGGCGACUUCGAUAUCAGGGGCGCUCGUUUCCGAACUUAUGGCGGUUCUGAAUCCUGCAAGGGGACCAGAUUCGCCAAACUUCAUGAUCAAGAUCUUCAUCCUCGACUUUUUGGGCGGCUGCCUUCAAGCGUCCCCCGACCAACCUACGAUCGCCCAUCUUCUGCUCGGAUUCCGUUGCGGAGCCAAUACUCUUUCAGUGCAGCCAGACAGCCCCUUUGAGAGCGGAGAUUCGCUCUUUCACAACAUCCUCAGGAUUGUUGUCAACACGUCUCUAGCUUUUGAUGAUUCUGGCAUUCAGUCAUGGCUGGUCCUCCUCAAGUCCAAGGCAAUGCGCGUCAUCCAGAUUCUAUGGAACUCACCACUCUCGUCUGCCUUAGUUGUGGACGAGCUCCGGGUGAAUGACUUCUUGUUCCUCCUUCUCCAGCAAGAAGUGGCCCUGCAGCCAGAUAUUACGUGGGACGGACAGUCCAUGGCUGGACCUGAAUUUCUGUUGACUGACGCCUCUCUGGGCUUUGUUGAGUUCCUGGCACUGAGGUCGAUGGUACUGGAGUACGCCGCGCUGGAGCUCUGCAGUGUUUCGCAGGGCCGCCACCCUAAGCUGAAGCGACGUAUAUUCGACGCUUUGAAUGGCCGUGUUGUUGACGAAGGAAGCGAGCCUAACGUCGUGCCAACGGUUUUUGACCUGUACGACUUCCUGCCAACCGACGGACAGUGGGAUAUACCACCUCCCGAGUUCGUCAUCUACAAAGACCUUGAUCUGAGGACCUGCAUUGAGCAGGAUGCCAACGACAAUACCCUGUAUGAUGUGGCAAAGGUCCGAGAAAUCCUCUACCUGAAGCGCCAAGAGGUGAGCAAGGCAGGUCAGCUGGUGCGGAGAACUCAAGAUGCGGAACCCAAUCCCGAAAUUGUCAGGGAGGAAACACUGCUUGUCGAGUACUUGGUGUUCUCAAAUAGGCAGAAGCAGCUGGCCUCGAGCCGGCUCAGAGUCCUUAGAUCGUGGACGAAACUCCUCCUGAUCAUGUUCGAGGCCAAUGAAUUCAGAGGGACGGCAAAGACCUCAUUCCUCCUUCAGGCGCUGCAGUCUAUCCUGCCCAACUUGGAGGUCUUCGGGUCUGAGCAACCAGAAGAGGCACAAGAGUUGGCGCGCCUGGCACAAGUUCUUCUCUUUAAGAUCGACCUGAGCUCAAAUACGGAUGCAAAGGAGAACAACAGCCACAACAUCGGCAAUCUUGUCAGCGACAAGCUCUUCCAGCUCUUCCAGACUUGUCUUUACGCCAUUGGCAAGUGGGCCGGCAACUCGGACCUGCGAGCCACGUACUACAGCAUCUGCUAUAGGUAUUUGACCGGCAUCGUCGACGAGGGCCAAGGAUUCCUUCCCGGGCGGCAAAAGACGAUCAAGGCCAUCCAGAUGUACGGCGAGAGGCUACUCAACGUCGUCUGCGAUGACGCUUGCGGUAGCGACCUCAAGUGCCAGACUGCGGCGCUCAUCCUCCUCGGUGCUUUUGUCAACCUCGGCAAGCAGGAGGACGACACGCAGAUCGUGGAGACGCUCAACCGCCUCAACUUCAUCGGAGUGCUCGUCGACUCGCUCAAGACGCUCAUGAGCGAGGCGCUCGAGGUCGCCCAGUCGACCGAUAAAGAGCAGAUGCACUGCCUCGACGCUAAGCUCGCUCUGCUUUUGCAGCUGUGCCAGACGCGCGACGGCGCCAAGUUCGUGCUGCAGGCGAACCUCUUCCGCUCCAUCGAGCUGUCCGGUCUCUUCUCUGCCGACCCAGAGCUGCAGAUAGACCCGUCCAAGCCAGCCGCCCUCGCGCAGCACUACGCCAUGCUGGUCAAGAUCUGCCGCAUCAUCGGCGCCGCCGUGCUCUCGCGCGGCUCGCACAACGUCAUCCAGGGCCGCCGCUUCCUGACCGAGCAUAGGAUGCUGGUGGCCCACGUGCUCAAGCGGUCGGCGGGCAUCGGCGCGACGCCGCGCGGCCUCGAGGAGCGGAUCGAGGACCUGGCCGAUGCGUUCAUGGUGCUCAUCACGGCGACGGGGUUCCUAGAGUUUGAGGAUCAGGCUCCGGUGCCGCAGAAAAAGACGCCCGUUCUCUUCCACUGA